CAAUGUGGGGUGAUCUCCGAGCACACCAAGAAGAUGUGCACCAGGUCCCUGCGGUGUCCCCAGCACACAGAUGAGCAGCGCAGAGCAGUCAGGGUCUACCUCCUCGGUCCUUCCGCGUCCCUGCCCGAGGCUGAGGGCAGUGUGGAGAACGACAGCUUCGAGGUGGCAGAGAGCCAGGCCAUCAUGAGCCGCCUGCAGUGGGACGGCUCCUCCGACAUCUCCCCCUCCGACUCGGCCUCCUCCAAAGCCAGUACAAACAACUCCGAGUCUCGCAAGACCAAGAAGAAGAAGCCCCACCUGGGACUGGUGAGUGGUGCCCCAGGGCUGGGCUCCAGCAAGAAGAAGAAGCCCAAGCCCCCU